CAUGUUUGCCAUUAUUGGCCGCCAUUUGUGUCACAAGAAUGAAGUCAAAUGAAGAUUUGAAACAAUUAGACAACAAAUCAGUGGCCGAAACAAUGAUUCAGAUCGUAGAGGGAUGUCGAGUGCCCACCAAAAUGAGAUACUCGGAUGACUGGCGUAUGUCUUGUUCUUUGGCCGAAAUCUUGAGCAUAAGAGAGACGUCGAGCGGAGACACACUGUAUUACAUCCAUUACAUUGAUUACAACAAACGUCUGGACGAAUGGGUGUCCAAAGAAAGACUCGAUUUACAGAAACUACAGUUACCUGAGAGGAAGGACAUGAAGAAUGCCCUUAAGAACGGCUCCAGACCUUCAUCUCCUGAACGAGAGAUUACCGCAGACAUCGAUGUCUCUCAAGAGAGUUAUUCUAUUCAAAGCCAAAACCAAAGCCAAAGUGAGACCAACUGUCAGAAUCUGGUCAAAGAGGAAGCCAUAGAGAAUGGGAGUUCAGGGGUGUCUCAAGUGAUCGCCAGUCCACCCAAUAUACCCAAAAAGACACCCAUUGCUGGACGCAAACGCAAGUUCGGACAAAUGGGACCAAUUGGACAGAUGGGACCCAUUGGACAGAUGGGAUCAAUUGGACUAAUAGGACAAAGCGCUGCACCCGUGGCCGCCAUCGAGGAUCAGGACUCGCAGGAUCAGGACUCGUGUGUCCCUCCUUUGGCUGCCGGUGCGAGCGGUGCAGUGCUGGCCCCGCGAACCAGUGGUAGUCUCACUGUACACCAUAGCGACGAUAUAAUCACUCGUAUUAAGAACAUGGAGAUGUUAGAGUUGGGUCGGCAUAGGAUCAGACCCUGGUACUUCUCGCCCUAUCCCUCAGAGCUGGUGUCUCUGCCGUGUAUUUAUUUGUGUGAGUUUUGCCUCAAAUACCUCAAGUCUCGGAAGUGUCUGCACCGACACAGCGCUAAGUGUGCGCUGAGACACCCGCCCGGCAAUGAGAUCUACCGGAAGGCCACCAUUUCAUUCUUCGAGAUCGACGGCCGAAAGAAUAAGUUUUACGCACAAAAUCUCUGUCUUUUAGCCAAAUGUUUCCUCGACCACAAGACCCUCUACUACGACACCGACCCCUUCCUCUUCUACGUGAUGACUGAGAUCGAUGUCCGCGGCUUUCAUAUCGUCGGAUACUUUUCCAAAGAGAAGGAGUCCUCCGAGGACUACAACGUGGCCUGUAUUCUAACGCUACCCCCGUAUCAGAGGAAAGGCUACGGAAAGCUCUUAAUUGAGUUCAGUUACGAAUUGUCCAAAUUUGAAGGCAAAACAGGAAGUCCUGAGAAGCCAUUGAGUGAUUUGGGACUUCUCUCAUACCGGAGCUAUUGGUCGGAAACCAUUUUAGACAUAUUAGUCAACUUGAAAGCCGUCGAACCCAACGAGAAGCCUGUGAUGACAAUCAACGAGUUGUCUGAAGUGACGUCCAUCAAGAAGGAGGACGUCAUCUCGACCCUCCAGUACCUCAAUCUAAUCAACUACUAUAAGGGACAGUACAUCAUAACCAUCACCAAAGAGGUGCUCAACGCCUACGACAGGGCUUUUCAGAAGCGAAAGGUGCGGAUCGAUUCCAAAUGUCUUCACUGGACUCCUAAGGAUUGGUCCAAACGCGGCAAAUGGUGA